GAAAAGAGUAACCAUGUGGCCCAACAAAAUUAAAGAUUUGUACGCAGCAAAGGAGCCAACAUGUUGCCCAAAUAUCAGAAAAGUGUAUGUGGCAUACAAAAUAUUUUAUCAAGAAAGUUUCUGACAAAGAUUUACAGUUAUGUUUUUUAUUUCCAACAUUCCUUAAUUUAUCCAGUUUAACUUUUUAUUAAGAAAACUCAGUAAAGAAUGCCAAGGCCAACACUUUCAAGUUGAGAAACUUUAGGAACGGUGCAAUUAUUCUCAUAUAUGUUCUGUACUUAAAACUUGUAAAUUAAAUGUUUGAAUUCUAAUUAAACAAUUGUAAAUGAAAGAAAUAAGAAAAAGUUUUGCCUUCGUACUAUUUAGUUUUCCACCAAUCAGGCUGAGAUUGCUUAAUCCUCCAUAAAAUUGUAAAGAGAAAUGGUGUACAUAUUGAUUUUGUAUAACGUAGUUUAUGUGAUAACUUAAAGUUUUACUAUGAUAAAUUGAAGUCAUUGAUCGGUGCCUUUCAAAAUUAAAACGUCCAAGGAAGAAAUUGUUUUGCUAAGAUCUGAAAUGAAUACUUUAAACAUUUUCCAGCUGCUUGUAAUCAUCAUUAUCCUGACUGUCAAUAGCUAAUUGUGAUCAUAUAAAUCAUUCGUCCAAAACUUAAUCGUAACGUAAAUAUGGCAUAUCCUGUAAACUUAUUGGUUCUGUAAUAUGUACUUUUAGAAGACAAAAUGGCAGCAGAGGAGGCUGAUGAAUUGAUUAACAGGCUACAGAAGGAUCUGGAGCGAGCUAAAGAUGAUGCUAAGGAUUUUGAGAACAAAAUGAUGAAAGCAGCAAUGCUUGGAAAAGAACUGCUUGAUAAAAACCUCGAGUUAGAAAACGCUAUCGAAAUCGCCAGACAGGAGAAGCAUGAGUUGGGUUUGAAACUCCAGGCUAAAGUUGAUCUUGAACGAAGUCUGAGCGCUGAACUUGACUCCUUGAGAGACUCCUUGAAGGCAGAUGAGGAGAAGAGGGGAGAGAUGAAGGACGAUUGGGAGGAGAGGUUACUUAAAAGGGAUGAGGAGUGGAAAAUACGACUGGGUGAGCUAGAGCUAGAGGUAGAACAAGGAGGAGUCAGGGAGAUCAAGCUCAAGGAGGAAAUACUCAACCUAGAAGAACAGAUUAAACAGAGUAGUUUAAGAAAUCAAUCAAUAACAGGAGACAGUAUUUCUGGAGAGCUGGAGAGGAUAGAAGAGGAGAACAUGAACCUGGUUAAUCAGAUCAAGGACUUGCAGGAGGACCUCAUAAACACCAGGGAGGAGCUGGACAGCUUCAAGAACAAUGCCAGAAUUCUUGAGUUAAAGUUAGAUCAGCAGAAUCUAAAUGUAGAGAGUCUUCAGUGUGAAAUGAGUGGAUACUGCGCUACAAUUGAAUCCCAGAAAAUGGAAAUAGUUGAACUUCAAGCACAACUAGACGCUCAACUAGGGGAAAACAUAGAUCAGGACGGGAAGGGUAACUCCUUGUUCUCCGAGGUAGAGGAUAGAAGGCAAAGGGUUGAAUCUCAGCUCUCAGCUCUCACAAGGAAAUAUGAUAUCAUCAAAGAAGGAUAUGAUGUCAAGGUAGCUGAGCUGCAGAAAGUGAAGAUGCACAAUUCACAGCUGCUUAGUAUCGCUGGAACAAGAAAUGAUACUGAGCAUGUAGGACGGCUUGAAGAUCUUCUUAGAACAGAGAAAGACAAGGUUCGUGUUCUGAUGGAUAAACUUGAAACUAUUGAAAGAUUAUCCACCUUCCCUGGUUCAGUUCCUCCUCCUUCUCAAUCCACACAGGAGGGAGGUGCAGAGGAUUCUAAUAUGGACACAGAUACUAGUACAGUUGCAAUCUGCCAUGAUCUGAGGAGUAAGGAGUAUCAGUACCUGGCCCACCUACUGCAGGAGGCGCAGAACAAGAAUAAGGAGUUUCAGGAGGAAAUGAGAAAACAGGUUCGGUUAAAUAUGGAGGAGUCAGACAAGCAACAAGAACUCUGUAGGAAACUUCAUUCCUCAGAACAACAGAUUAAUAAACUGAAAGCGGAGAGUUAUACACUGAGAAUUCAAGUGGAAGAACUGAAAGCUGGAACAUUUACCAACAAAUAUACGAAAAAGGAACCUAAGAAGCGUAUAGUAGAACAAAUUAAUUUCAACGAUUUAAAGGAGAAAGAGGAGAAGGAGAAUGUUCUUGUAUCAAGUCAAGAGUUUCAACCUAAAGAAAUCCUCCUUAAACAAGACGGAACGAGACGAGUUGUAUCCAAGAAGGAAGAUGAUUUGAAGAGGAAGAAGGAGGUGGAGGUUAGGGAGGAGAAGGAGGAGAAGGUGGAGACGGGAGAACCGGAAAAGAAACGGCGAGGUAUUGUGCUCUGCGACAAGGUUGAGGAGAUUUCAACGAACGGAGAACAAACUCAAGGGGUGCUAGCGCAAGAAGGAAAAGAGACCAAUAAGGAAAAGGCUGGUGUGGAGGGUCGAGGACGCGGGCGUAAACAUUUUACGUCAAAGGAAGUUCAUUCAGCAGAACCAGCAGCCGAAUGUAAACAACAAUAACAACAGCAGCAGUAAUAAAAACCAUAACAACAACAUUAGCUAUGAUAACAAUAUCAAUAGCAGGAAGAACAUUGACAACGAAAACAACAUUAACAACAAAAAUAACAUCUUAUAAAACUCUUAGCUAUGAAACUUUGUAUCUUGUUAGUUUUUGAGAAAAAAAAAUCUUAGUACCUCAAUGUAAACAAAUACGCUUAAGUAACGCAUUUAAAACUUUUUUUUUGUUAAAAAAAGGGGCAGAAUAUUAUAUUUAUGAUUUAUAUUGAAAGGACAUUUUAUGUAAAAAAAACGAGCAGAUUUAUUUUUUUGAUGACUUUAUAAAGGGACCAGUGUAAUUUUUAUAUAUAUAUUCGGAGAUUAUUGAUGUUCACUGGUCAGCUUUGAAAUUAUUAUUAAUUAUAUACUGUUAAAGGACUGGAGACAUAAUAUCUAGUGACCCUCCAUUUGUACAGCAUGUCCGAGGUACCCUUGUGAAUUGUGCAUUCCACUCUUAAACUAGAGGGUCACUUGAAAUUACGUCUACAGUCCCUUUAUUUCCUAUCCCAUGACCUGAUUUAUCUUAGUUGAAUAUCCUCUACUGAUUAGGUGUACCUGGAUUUCAG